UUGAUGCGAUUAUGGUAUUCGGAAAUAAAAAGACAUCAUCGUUGGGUCACUUUCAUCAGGUGUAUUCGAAACAUUUAUUACAAAUUCGAUAAUUCUAUCGUGAUAGUUCAAUAACAUUAUUACUUGAAACUUAUCAAUUCAUUGGAAAAUGAGCAGCCAAUUUCCUCGUGGACAGUAUGAGGAUCCAUCGAUGACCAUGGAUUCAUCAUUAUCUGGUCAAUGGAAUGUCGCACAAGAGCCGCAAGCGUCAACAAGCUAUCCAGAACAAACUCAAACAAUCAUUAGUGAUAAUGCGGAUGGUGGUGGUGCAACUGUUUCUGUUGCUGCAAGUCGAAGACAAGGCGAAAGGCUGCCACCGUUUUCAUUCAUUACUAAUCCAACAAUAAAUCAGAUUUUGAUUCAAAUUAAUCCUGAUCUAUUCAUAUCCAAAUUGUUUUACUUUUUCUUCUAUUCUGCAUUUGGAUCCUUAUUCCCAUUGAUGGCAGUUUAUUUCAAACAACUUGGCAUGAAUCCGAUACAAGCAGGAACAUUGGUUGGCAUAAGACCAUUUGUGGAAUUCAUUGCAGCACCAUUUUGGUCUUCCAUAGCUGAUCGUUUUCAUAAAUCCAAAGUUAUACUGCUGUUCUCAUUAGGAUGUUGGAUAGUAUUCACUUUCGCAAUGGCUUUUAUUCGUCCACCAGCAUCGGCUUGCGUUAUAUUCAAUGAAACUCAUCAUAUAUUAUAUACACCAUACAGUAACACACCAGGAGAAGAGGUAUAUGAUGAUACCUCAACAUUGUUGCCUACAACCGAAGAAUACAUUCCAAAUAGUUCGGUCAUAUCAAAUUCUGUUAGUGAAUCCGAUACGUUUGUUACCAAUCAAAAUUUUCGCUUUAAAAGAGAUGCUUCUCAAAAUAUCAAACAUAAAUUACCACCGAAUCAUGUAGUUGGAAAAUCUCCAUUGACUGUAGAAUAUGCUCUCAAUUAUAACCAAGAGAAACAUGUAACAUAUUUAUCACCUCCAUUCUCUACAAUUGUUUACAAGCUUGAAGAUGUCAAAGAAGUGUUUUUCCUUCUUUUGUUGUUGAUAGUUUUGGGUGAAUUCUUGAGUGCUCCAGCCAUAACAUUGGCUGAUAGCGCUACGUUGGAUUAUUUAGGCGAAGAUAUUGACAAAUACGGUCAGCAGCGAAUGUAUGGAUCAUUCGGUUGGGGCAUCACCAUGUUAUUGGUGGGAAUGGCUUUGGAUAAUUCAACAAAAUUUAAAGAUCACCCGUGUGAUCCACAUAGUGGCGAAAGAAAUUAUGUGACUUGUUUCUCGAUUUUUGCUUUUCUUAUGUCGUGCACUCUAUUGAUAGCUACCAAAUUUAAAUUCGAAGAGUCACCUGAAUAUUCCAACGAAAUACAAUUAAAUUCAUAUGAAAAUGAGCCCGGCCCAAAACCAUGGCAGAAUACGGCUCCAGCUAUAAACAUACCAAAAGAAUUUCAAGAAAAAAAUCGAAAAGGAGAGAUUAUUGAUCGUUGGAAGAGCGCUGUGUUCGCUCAACGAACUCGUACAUUGCCCAGUUGGGUUGCUGUAUUGCGAUCGAUGAAUGAUUCGCGUAAAUUGGCUUUCUUAUUGGUCACUUGGUUGAUGGGAUUCGGUGUCGGAUUAGUUUUCACAUUUUUGUUCUGGCACCUACAAGAUCUUGGUGGAACGCCAACGCUUUAUGGCUAUGCUUCGGUGAUCAACCACAUAUCAGAAAUUGGGGCUUAUUUCUUUAGUAUUAAUUUAAUACAACGUUUUGGUCAUACAAAAGUGUUGUGCUUUGGCCUACUUUGUAAUGCUUUCCGCUUCAUAUAUAUUUCUUGGCUUGAUAAUCCCUGGUGGGUUUUGCCUCUUGAACUUAUCCAAGGUGUGACACAUGCAACAGUUUGGGCAGCUGCUUGCAGUUAUAUGACACAAAAUACUGAACUUGAGCUUCGUGCUUCUGCUCAAGGUGUAAUGCAAGGCAUUUAUCAAGGACUAGGAAGAGGAAGUGGUUCACUUCUUGGUGGUGUUAUCAUAAAUCGUUUCGGUUCUAGAAUUACUUUUUUUCUCUACGGUCUAAUUUGCGCCGCAGUUUUAGGAUUAUUCGUUCAUUUGAAUUAUUAUCGCAAAAAUGAAGGUUACAAAUUUGAAGAACAAAUUAUCGAAGAUCCGGUGAUCACGAUCAAUGAUUCAAGUGCUUUAGCACCGCAUGGUGUACCGACCAACCCAAUCGCUCGUUCGGUUUCAAGACAUAAUGUUGAUCAAUCAGAAAAUCAUCUUCAACAAUCUAAACCGAUAAACAAUCGAAUGGAAGGCAAUUGGAAUACCAACGAUAACGAAAAUUUUGCCUCCAAUUCAAAUAACACUUGGGAUCCAAAUGUAGUUUGGAAUUGAUAGUUCAAUUCAUUAUUUAUUAUGAACAUCCAAAAUGGAUCAAUUGAUUAGUGUUUUUUUUUUCUUGACAGGAAUCACAAAAGUCAAACUAAUUAUUAAGGUUGUGAAUCGAGUGACUUUUAGAAAAUUUUAUUUUCAUCCCACAUUUAUAAUUUCUCGUUGUCCAUCUAAACUAUUUUAUUGAGUGAACAAAAUGUUUUCCACCUUUUAAUUCCAAUGUUUUUUUUAAUCUU